AAAGUUAUCCUUGUUAACUUCUGUCUUGGUUUUCUCUGUAGUGUGAAGAGGAAGACCGGAUUUUUUAGCUUUAUCCGACAGAUCUGAUCAAAGCCUCUCAUCAGUUCCAGUUGAUGGCUUCUUCUUGCAACAUUCCAGAAGUAAAGUAUGAUGUUUUCCUUAGUUUUAGAGGCGAGGACACCCGGAAUAAUUUUACAAGCCAUCUUAAUGCAGCUUUGUGUCGUAAAAAGAUUCAAACUUUCAUCGAUGACGAACUCGAGAGAGGAGAAGAAAUUUCACCAUCUCUAUUGAAGGCAAUUGAACAUUCAAAGAUUUCCGUUAUCAUUUUGUCAGAAAACUAUGCCUCUUCCAAAUGGUGUUUAGAAGAACUUGCAAAGAGCCUUGAAUGCAAAAAGAUGGUAAUACCAAUUUUCUAUCACGUCGAUCCAUCACAUGUAAGGAAUCAAACUGGAGCUUUUGGAGAUGCAUUUGCCGCACUCGAAAAGCGUUUUGAGGAUAGGUUAGAUGUGCUACAGAUAUGGAAGACUGCUUUGAAGGAAGUAGCCAAUCUCUCUAGAUGGACUACAGAUGGCAAGAAGUACGUAUGUCUUUUACUUGUUCUCUUUGAAAAUAUUUUACUUUGUGCUAUAUUUUCUAAGUCAACCAAGCAAAAGAAAUAUAAUUUUAUUUGGAGAAACUUAAUGGAGAAGUGACAUAUCUUUGAUCAA